AUGGCUUCUAGACAGUACAAUGUCCCCUACAACCCUCGGGAUUGGGGUCCGGUCAGCGGUGCAUCACCGAGCAGUGGACAGAAUGCGUAUCACCAUCCGCAGUCAAAUAACAUGGUUCGAAUGAUUUCACGACCGCCGCAACAUGGGUCACACUCAGAGGUAUCCUUAUCACCGCCCCCACCGCCAUAUUCAUCCCCAAGCCAGCAGCAGCAGAGAGAUUCUACAACCCCGGGUUCCUCGAGAAUAGGUUCGACAUCCCCAAGUGCGGUGCCCUCUUACCAUCAAGGAAGACGGCAUGUUAGCGUCGAGCCUGCGGUAGAAUAUCGACAGCAACCAAUUCCUCGUACUCGCCCGCUCUCGAUGGUCGAUGCAGGCCAUAAUAGGCAAAUGUCACUACCACCGCCCCCCCCACCUCGACCACAAGGAAUGCCGUCCUCGAGAUCGUCGUCUCACAACCGAACAGACGGAUAUUCUGAACAAUCUUCAUCUGGAGUAAGGCCGAGGCCGGAAAUAAUGGUUUCGCAAGAUGGUCGACAACCGUUAUCAAACAGCCAAAAUCACUUGGUCGCUGAUGAUUUCACUCGUGCUCCGGGAUCAAGAAGGGCUGUUUCUGCAGGGCCUAUAGUGAGUAACCCGGGCUCAUCAUCGAGAGCCACAAGUCAAACACGCAACUGGGAGCCAGGCAUGCCACUUCCACCUCCACCUCCCGGACCACCCCCUAGCACUACAAGGUCGCAUAGUGUAAAUGGUUCGCCGGAGUCUUCCGUACGUAAUGCACAGGUUUCGGCUCGGACAAGAACGCGGCCCCCUCCUGUCUUAGGAACAGGCCUGGAUAGCAUUCCACCAACGCCAGCUGGCUGGGUGGAUGAAAGCUCUACUGAAACAGAGAGUCGACAGAGAAAGAACAAAGCACCUUUGACCAUUGACACGACAGAAGUAGCCUUAUCUCUUCGUGGGUUGGACUCAGGCGAGUCUCUCAGAUCUGCGGGUGGGGGGAACCUCUUCCGGAGUCCAGCUGUCCGAGACCCUAGCGCCAAAGGUAUUCGUGAAAGAAGAAUUGAGCGCAGGAAUAGACAAGGCCAAGGAGGUGAGGAACUCAGUGCCGUCUCUACCAGCAAUCCUUGGGCCGAAGCAAUGGACCAGGUGAGACCAUCGAACCUCGUACUCGCCGACUCGAAUGACAAUCCCGACAACUCUCGACACCAAACGUCAACUAGACACACACCCCGAAGCAAUAACAGCUUUGGAUCGGAUGGGCAACAACAUACAUCUAGGUCCAGAGCUUCUUCCAACGGCCUUUUUUCAAGUCGAUCUUCUUUCUCGACGCCUAAAGCGGAACCAAGCCCCAUGGCCCAAGCACGUGGAUUUGCUCAAACACCGCCAUUUUCACCGGAUGGGAAGCAGCCUUCUCCAGCGCUUGCCAAAGAGGUGUCACAGGUGCUGCCUCCGAAAGCGCUUCCAACGCCUCCGCUAAAUUCUGCACAGGACGGAAGGCCGUCUUCUCGUCUCGCCCGGGGAGAAGAUCGCCCUGUGUCACAUAUUCUACAUCUGCCCAACGAAGCUCUUUCUACGGUAUCUCCACUCUCGCCUCAUCGCGAUCCGACAAAACAGCGGUCUUCGCUGGACUCUGUUGUCAACCAGGACAGCAGUUUUGUUCAAGACGCUAUACAGAGACACAAAUCCUUCGUGGAAAAAGAGGCUAGGGCUGUCACCGAGGCAGAGGCUCUCAGACUGUUUGCCGAUUUUGUCGUCACGGAGUCUCAAAUAAGACGUGAACGUUAUGCAGGUGCUUGGGAUUCAGGCUCCUUCGACGUGGAAGACGUGCGUCGUAGUUUAUUCGAGGCACCGUCGAAGCCGAUGCCCGAGCCUGAAGCUAUCCAGUCAACACCGCCUUCUCUCGGUAGAAAGAUAUCUGGGGGAGCUCCCAUGCUAAGAAUUCCUCAGAGUCGACCCGAGUCUGCCUGGUGGAGUAACUACAAGCCAAGCCUGUCUCCGAUAGCAAGCCUUAGUAUGAGCAACGAUGAAAUGAGUUCGAGAGGUCGUGCGCCGAGUCGCUGGUGGGAGUCGAGGACUGGUUCGAGCAGCGAUGGAGGUGAGCGGAAGGUGCACCGGUCGAAACGAGAGUCGAAAUAUAUGGGCUUGCCUCGCGAAGCUAUGCAAUUGGGUCAAGGGCAAGCUUCUUUCACCGCCGAGGAGGCGAGCCAUGGUAUGAAAUCGACAGGCCAAUAUGCUGCUUAUGGCCCUGACGAAUACCCUCCUGAAAAGGUCGGGUGGCAUGAGGAGCCUGCUUUGCCUCCUCCCCCAACCACAACAGGCUAUUGUAACCUGGGAUGGUCCAGAGAGCCCCCGAAAAUGGACAUCUCACGGCUUAUUACUCUUCCACCGCCUUACCCUCGACACUAUCCUGCUGUUAAUAACAGUCACCCAGACCUUGUUUCAUAUCGAACGUUAGUUCGGUCAAUCAGUGACCUUUCCGAGAUUAAAGCUACGCGGCAAGAUCAUAAAUUGCAGGUGGAUAGUCUAUCGCAGGGCCACCAAGAAAGAGUCAAAGAGGGUCGUCAGCAGUUCAAAGCCAAUAUCCAGAAUCAAAUCCAUGAGGGUAGUAUUACCUUUGCGGAAGCCGCAGAAGCGGAGGCGGCACUGAUUGUCGAAGAAAACAAGCUUGAAAGGGGGCUGGCAAAGCAAGAGCUGGAUACCUAUCAGGAAUCCGUGAUGAAGCCAAUUCAUGCAAUCCUUACGGAUCGAAUUUCCAGGGCUACUGCGUGCAUUGAUGAGCUCAGCAGCAGGUUGUUCGACGACGCACGGCAUGAAACCCCUGACCAGACCCAAGAGGAAGGUGACGAAAAGCCGGAACUUCUGGAAAAGCUCACACAGCUCAAGUGGUUGUUUGAGGCCCGAGAGCAAUUACACCGGGAAAUGUACGAUCUCGUGAGCGACCGCGACGAAAAGUACAAAGCGGUUGUUAUGUUGCCUUAUAAGCAGAAGCCAAAUGAGGACAAAGUCCGAGAGACAAACGCAUUCUUUUUUCAGGAUGCUCUCGACCGCCGCGUUCAGUAUGAAACAAAUGCUCUCGCUCGUCUCGAGUCCUUCAUGGACGUCAUCGAGAAGAAUGUGGUUCGAGGUGUGGAGAUACAGCUGUCUGCCUUUUGGGACAUUGCCCCAGGGCUCCUUACAUUGAUACAGGAGAUCCCAAAGGGCCUUGGUGGCUCUGGGAUUCAGAUUCCGGCCAACGAGUACGAGGAGAACCCGAGCUACCACCGCCAUCCACUGCAGUAUCUCUACACGUUGCUCUCGCAUGCAGAGAAGUCCAGUUAUCAAUACAUUGAGUCGCAGACAAAUCUGCUUUGCCUCUUACACGAAGUGAAGUCUGCUGUCAUGAGGGCCAAUUGCAAGCUCAUGGAGGCUGAACGGAUCCGUCAAGGCGAGGCAAAGGAUGCUGUUUCUCGAGAGAUGCAAGAGUCUCGUGCGGACGAAGAGCGAGCCCUGACGAUUGACCUGAAAGACAAGGUUGCUACGGUCGAAUGCCAGUGGACUGAAGCUCUGGGUGGACAGAUUCUGGAUCUACGAGAGGCUAUAAAGGAGCAGCUCAUCUCCGAGGAUGGCUGGGAGGACCUGGAGCAGUUGGAGCAGGCCUAG